AUGAGUGGGGCUGCAUUCCCAUCUCCAGCUGCUGAGAUGGCAGAAAUUAAUCGCCUGCAGUAUGAAAUGGAAUACACCGAAGGAAUCAGUCAGCGUAUGAGGGUCCCAGAAAAACUCAAAGUAGCUCCUCAAAAUGCUGACCUUGAGAAGGGCAUUCAAGAAGGUUUUCCAAAUGCCAGUGUAACUAUGCAAGUUCCAGAACGGAUUGUAGUGGCAGGUAAUAGUGAAGACAUUCCACUUUCCAGACCACCAGACCUUGAUCUUCUUCAGUCUACUCCAUUCAAGCCACUGGCAUUGAAAACUCCUCCCCGCGUUAUUUCCCUUAGUGAUCGACCACUAGAUUUUUUGGACCUAGAAAAACCUACACAGCAAACACCUCAAAAUGAAGAGGUCCGCUCAGUGGGAAGACUGAAGAGAGAACGUUCCAUGAGUGAAAAUGCCACUCGACAGAACAGCCAGCUGGCCCGAAAUGAUUCCAUGUGAGUAGAGCAGCAGG